AAAAAUCCUCUAUCUGAGGGUGAACAAUGGACUAUAGAACUGGAACUUAACCGUGGUUAAAAUUCCAAUUUUUUUAGCGCGGUAAACUUCAUCAAGCCAAGCAGAGACUAAGUCACCAGUUUCGCAUGCGCAACAUGCAGCGUGGGUUUGUUUUGGGUCGGUGACAACAUGGCGGGAGGUAGUGACAGCGCUCCAGAGAAUUUUUUUUUUUCUGAAUGUCGGAAGUGUGAUCGUAUUUUGUUUUAGAAGUGCUGAAGGAACAUCGAGUCGCUGCGAUAGGGUGCAACACUUAAACCUAUGAGUUAUCUUCGUACCACCAGUGCGAAUGCAGUGACCAGGAAUCAGGACAAGCAGGAAACCUGAUCCUCAGAGUCCCCUCCCUGUGGCAGCGUCGGCUCACACCAGUAGUGCAAAACCUUAAAGCAAAACACAACCAGCAGCUUUUACAGCCGAGUGAAAGCUUGUGGUAAAAAUAAUCUUCAGCUCAACUGAAAGUGGAUUUUGUUGCUGUCUCUGACUUUGUGGCAAACUUAAAAACCUGCCUUGGAUUUGUUUUUUUUAUUUGGCAAAAUGUGGACACAGAUAGCUGGUGUGUGUUUGGCAAUCCUCGGCUUACUCGGCACCAUCCUAAUCUGUGGACUGCCCAUGUGGCAGAUGUCAGCCUUUAUUGGGGCAAACAUCGUCACUGCUCAGGUCUACUGGAGAGGUUUAUGGAUGAAUUGUGUGAUCCAGAGCACAGGCCAUUCGCAGUGUUUGCCCUACCAAUCCCUUCUGGCUUUACCAAAGGAACUGCAGAUUUCCAUGGUUCUGAUCUGCGUCUCCAUCGCUGUCAGCGUAGUGGCAAUCGGACUCACUUUGGUCGGGGUCCGCUGCACCAACUUCUGUCGGCACAACUGGCGUUCCAAAGCUAAUUAUGGCAGGGCUGGAGCUGCGAUGUUUAUAUUAGCAGGCCUUGUGUGUCUUGUUCCAGUCAGCUGGUCUGCUUACACCAUCAUCACAGGAUUCUACAACCCCCUGACUGCACCUGGUGGUAGUGGAGAGCUUGGGCCUUGCAUAUAUGUGGGCUGGAUUUCUGGAGCUCUGCAGGUCAUUGGAGGAGGGGUUUUGUGUAGCACCUAUGGAUGCUGCUGACGAGGAGAAGAGGCAGAGGAAGACAGUACACGAUGCCCUCUACCAAUUACAUACUGUAGUUGAAAAAACAGUAAUAUCUUUACUGUGAUGGACUUUCUUCGUUUCAGUCUUUCAUUAAAGCUCCUAGUUCAACCAUAGUUAAUUGCACUACAUUGAGAUUUUACAACAGAUCAGUUCAAGAUCUGUGUAAAUCAUAGUAAGUUGCAUGAACAAAGGUCUAGUUGAGAUAAUAUUUGUAUAAUGUAAAAAGAAAAUUUAUGUUUAAUGCAGAGUGACGUGAUGACAGAGUUAAGUGUUUUAAUAUGUAGGAUAGCAUAAAUUUUAAAAUGCUGCAAGAAAAAAAUCAGUUUUUAAUUGGUGUCUUGUUUAAACAAAAACUGUCAUUUUGUGUAUUUUAGUAAUUUCAGAAACAACUUCCCAGAACCUAAAACAAUAAAGCAAAUAAAUCAGCUUAAUAAAAAGUUAUUACUCGUCAUCACACAUGCACACCAGUUGUGAAAGAUGUUGGAUUGUACUGGAAACAGCUAAAAUGUCUCUGAUAUCUGAUGUUUUCCAUCAGUAUUAAGUAAUUGAAGUCCAUGUUUGUUGAGUUGUUGGGCAUGUUUUGCCAUGUCCAGUGGAGGAAAAUAUGAAUGUUUGUAUCUUAUACCAAUAAAUUAACUUUGUAUUUUUGUACUGAA